UGUGCUUUCUAUUUUCUGCUCGGUGUGUCUGCAGCUGUUGUUUGUCACUCUGCCUCUUGGGUUCUGGCAGGAGGUCGGUGGGUGAAAGGGCUCUGGACCUCUCACUUCCACUCAGCCAUGGAGCUUCAGCGUGCAGCACUGGCCACUCUGUUCCUGCUCACACUGCUGUCGUCGGAGUGCAAUGGCAGGAACGAAGAGGAGCGUGUUAUUGAAUACGUGUUCAAAGAGAUGGGAUACAACAAGGAGCUGCGCCCCGUCGAGAAGCAGCAGGAUGUUGUCGAUGUUAACCUCCUGAAAGUCUGCACUGAUGUAAAACCCACUGUGGUGGAUAAUGAUGCCCAGUUUGAAGUGGCCUACUACAGUAAUGUACUGGUGUAUGAAAAUGGUUUCUGCUACUGGUUGCCACCGGCCAUCUUCCGCUCCUCCUGCUCCAUCAACGUCAGAUACUUCCCCUUCGACUGGCAGAACUGCACGCUCAAGUUCACCUCUCUCACCUACAACGCCAAAGAGAUCCGGAUGCUCCUGAAAGAAGAAUACGCCGGAGAAGUCGCCAACUAUACAGUAGAGUGGGUCGUUAUUGACCCUGCUAGCUUUACAGAAAACGGCGAGUGGGAGAUCGUCCACCGGCCAGCCAAGAGAAACAUCUACAAGCACAUCCCCAUGGACAGCAACAAGCACCAGGACAUCACCUUCUACCUGAUCAUCAAACGCAAACCUCUGUUCUACAUUGUCAACAUCAUCAUUCCCUGUGUGCUCAUCUCCUUCCUGGCCUGCCUCGUCUACUACCUGCCCGCUGACAGUCAGUGCACGUUUAAAGAUUCCCAGUCUAUCAAAGUUAAAGUUAAACUGUCUCUCAGGUAUUUGAUGUUCAUCAUGGUGCUGGUUACUGUGGUCGUUUUAAACUGUGUGGUCGUCCUCAACCUGCACUUCAGGACGCCGAGCACGCACGUCAUGACUGAGUGGACCAAGAGGUUUUUCCUCGAACGGUUGCCUCGGCUCUUGCUCAUGUCCCACCCUGCGGAGGCAGAGCCAGCGUGGGAUGGAGCGUUGCCGCGACGAUCGAGUUCAGUGGGUUACAUCGCCAAAGCGGACGAGUACUACACCGUCAAGUCUCGCAGCGAGCUGAUGUUUGAGAAACAAUCGGAGAGACACGGCUUCACCACUCGAGUCACCCAUGCUGCAUUGGUGAAACCCCAGGAUGAUGGAGGUGUGACGGAUCAGCUGUACUCUGAAAUGAAGCCAGCUGUGGACGGAGCGAACUACAUCAUCAAACACAUGCGCAACAAGAACGAAUACAACGAGGAGAAAGAUAACUGGAGCGGCAUCGCUCGCACCGUCGACCGUCUCUGCCUCUUCCUGAUCACUCCUGUGAUGAUCUUUGGCACCAUCAUCAUCUUCCUGAUGGGAGCCUGCAACAGUCCUCCACGUCUGCCCUUUGAAGGAGACCCGCAUGACUACAUGGAGAACCAUGCACGUCUGCUGUAGCACAUGAACAAAAGCACCCAACACAGCAGAGAGCGCUGUUACUGUGUUCAUAUCCUGAGGUUUGUUACUCUGUAUGACAAAAUAUUGUAGCUGUGUGUUUUCUUGUGUUGAAUGAAUAAGUCUGUAUUUGAUUUAAUCCAGGGUUUGUGGUUUGAAUAAAGAUUUAUAAUCAGAAA